AUGAUUUGUUUGUGGCGCGGUGAGACAGUUUGUCCUAUGCAGUGUUCCGUACGGUCGUUCUGACGUCACUGAAAAGCGACACGAAACAAUGGGUCAGAGCCAGAGUGGAGGCCACGGUCCGGGGGGAGGAAAGAAGGAUGACAAGGAGAAGAAGAAGAAGUAUGAGCCUCCCAUUCCCACCAGAGUUGGCAAGAAGAAGAAGAGGACAAAGGGACCCGACGCUGCCAGCAAACUCCCAUUAGUCACCCCUCACACCCAGUGCCGCCUGAAGCUCCUGAAGCAGGAGAGAAUCAAGGACUACCUGCUGAUGGAGGAGGAGUUCAUCAGGAACCAGGAGCAGAUGAAGCCCCUUGAGGAGAAGCAGGAGGAAGAGAGGUCAAAGGUGGAUGACCUGCGUGGGACCCCUAUGUCGGUGGGCACGCUGGAGGAGAUCAUCGAUGACAACCAUGCCAUCGUGUCCACCUCGGUGGGCUCGGAGCACUACGUCAGCAUCCUGUCCUUCGUAGACAAAGACCUGCUGGAGCCCGGCUGCUCCGUGCUGCUCAACCACAAGGUACAUGCUGUCAUUGGGGUACUGAUGGACGACACUGACCCCCUGGUGACGGUGAUGAAGGUGGAGAAAGCUCCCCAGGAGACCUAUGCUGACAUCGGCGGGCUAGACAAUCAGAUCCAGGAGAUCAAGGAGUCUGUGGAGCUGCCCCUCACACAUCCAGAGUAUUACGAAGAGAUGGGGAUCAAGCCCCCCAAGGGAGUCAUCCUGUACGGACCACCGGGCACAGGUAAGACCCUAUUGGCCAAAGCGGUGGCCAAUCAGACAUCGGCCACCUUCCUGCGUGUGGUAGGCUCUGAGCUAAUCCAGAAGUACCUGGGCGACGGGCCCAAGCUGGUACGAGAGCUCUUCAGGGUGGCAGAGGAGCAUGCCCCCUCCAUCGUCUUCAUCGACGAGAUCGACGCCAUCGGAACCAAGAGAUACGACUCCAACUCUGGGGGUGAGCGGGAGAUCCAGAGGACCAUGUUGGAGCUGCUCAACCAGCUGGACGGCUUUGACUCCCGGGGGGACGUCAAGGUCAUCAUGGCCACCAACAGGAUAGAGACCCUGGACCCUGCGCUCAUUAGACCAGGGAGAAUCGACCGCAAGAUCGAGUUCCCGCUGCCCGACGAGAAGACCAAGCGCAGGAUCUUCCAGAUCCACACCAGCCGCAUGACUGUGGCCGAUGACGUCACCCUGGAUGACCUCAUCCUGGCCAAAGACGAUCUCUCAGGAGCCGACAUCAAGGCCAUCUGCACGGAGGCGGGGCUGAUGGCGCUGCGGGAGCGCCGCAUGAAGGUUACCAACGAGGACUUCAAGAAGUCCAAGGAGAACGUCCUCUACAAGAAGCAGGAGGGAACACCGGAGGGACUCUACCUCUAACCUCUGACCUGUCACCCUAUUUCAACCCCCCCCCCCCCCCCCCCCCGGCCCUGUGUGUGAGUGAGAGAGGAGACGAGAGGCGGUGUGCUCAAGAGAGAGUUUUGAUAUAUUUUGUGCAUGUAAUGUCUGUCUUCACCCCCUCCCCCACUCUCUUGUUACCGUUACUUAUGACAAAUAAAAAAAUAAAAAAACAUUUGGUUCUG